AUGUCACAAAAAAUCAACUCCAAAAACCUGUCCUACAAUUCCUCUCUCCCGCCUUUCCUCGCCGCCCUCCGAGCCCAAGCAUCCGGUGCUUCAGGCCCAGACCCGAUUCUCUCAGCACAGCGCCGCAGUGGAAAGAAGCGAUCCAGCAGCGAAGAGGCAGAAGAUGUCCCGCUCGUUGUAGACGAAAAUGGAAACACGAUUGAGGACCUCAAGGGGGCCGAAGAUGGAACUCUAGAGACGGAGCAAAACAAGACGAACAAGGCCGAGUCGGAACCAACGAAAGCUUCGAUAGGAGGAAGGAAGCGCAAAGUCGGCAAAGUGAUUGGCGAAGACGCCCAAAACGACGCUGUCGAGCCUUCUGCGGAGAAAAAACCUGACGCUGCGAAGAAAAGCACGGAUGAUGCCGAGCAAGCUACCAACCGCAAGACCAAGAAAAAGGCAAAGAAGAUUAAGCUAAGCUUUGACGAGGACGAGGGCUGA